GCCGGCGCGGCGCGGGCGACGGGUGCCGUGGACCCCGCAGGCGAGGCGGGCGUGCGACACGCGUUCCACAAGGCCUGGGGCAGCUCCUCCUGGCAGCUGCAGGGCCUCUGCCGGUGCGCGCCCGUCGCCAGGAUCCGGCGCUGGAGCGGCUCGUCGGCCCCGGCCGCGUAGAUCCGGGCUUCGGCGCGCAGGUCGCCCUGCGGUUCCCGGGCGCGCGGGACGACCUCGUGGCCGGCGGGCUCCGGGGCGGCGGGGGGUGACGGGGUGCGACUGGCACACGGACGGCCUAAGGCAGGGCCGCAAGCACCCGUUCACGCUCCUGGUCGGUGUGGCGCUCUCCGACACCACCGAAGGCGAUCAGGGCAACCUGUGCGUGUGGCCGGGGAGCCACCACCGCCUGCACGAGAUGUCCCGGUGGCCCGACGCGAAGGUGCAGCGGGAGCGCGGCCCGGAGCCCGCCGACGGCGCCCUGCCCGACCUCGGGGCGCCCGAGCAGCUUCGCCUGAGGCCCGGCGACGUGGUGCUGGCGCACUGCGAGCUGGCGCACUGCGGCGGCCCGCUGCUCGGGCCGGACGUGCGCUACAUGGUCUACUUCCGCGUGCAGCACCGCUCGUGGGGCCGCAUGCGGGACGAGGGCCUCUUCGCGGGGCCAGAGGCAUGUGGUGCGACCUGGAGGGGCUGCCACCGGAGGCCGUCGCGGCCGCGACUGCGGAGGCGCUGA